AUUUCAGCUGUGGAAGGAAAUGAAUAGAAAAUUAUCUGAAUUUCCUCACUCUUCUCCUGCUGUUUUGAUGUUUUGCGUGUGUGUGCGCGUGUGUGUGUGUGUGUGUGUGUGUGUGUGUGUGUGUGUGAGUGUGUGUCACAGGCAGAGGGGCAUGCAGGGGCUCCACAGUUUGUCUGCCCUGGGGACUUGAGCCUACAAAACCAUGAAGCAUACGAGGCAGAGGAGGGAAAGGCAAUCAAAGCGGCACAAGCUCAAGCUGAGAGGUGUGAUACAGCCAAAGACAAAGGCCCAAAGAAGGAACGUGAGGCAGAUUGUGCCAGGAGACCAGAUAGACCGACAGACAUAGAGUCACAUGGAGAAAGGAGGCAGGAGCUCUACAGCAACAGGCGUUUCAUGUUUUUCCCCCAAAAAAAUUCACUCCUGUAGUCGUUUUGGCUCUCGUUUGUGUCAGACCUGCUGAAUUUAGACAAAAAAAAAUUUUGCUUUUUUUUGUCAUGUCGUCUCAUUUUAAGAUCUGAUUUGCGAUUUAUGCAGACAACUUUAGGAAAUGCUGAGAUUUGACAUUCUUGUGGCACGAGGUGUGGAUUUUUGAAUUGCUUUUGGGGGAUUUCCUUUGGAUCCGACCGUUACAGAUACAUUUCUCGUACUUUGCUGUAUCACGGCUGUCACUGUGAUGUAUUUAGUUUUUUCUCUCUCUUGUAGCUUCUUCUGUACUGGUCAGCACGGUUUUUACAGUAGCAGCUCAGGCCAAUUGAUCUGCUCGUUUCUUCCUUGUGCGUACCAUUCUUGUGCCACGCCACAUUCAUUCUUUCUCUAAUCUCUUUAUUUUUUUGAGAAAAUCUUUAAAGGUAGAUUUACACGUUAACUCUUUCUGACUUUGUCGUCGACCGCAGUCCUCACUACCCUCCUAUCUAAACUUGUCUGUCCUUCUCCCCUUUAACACUGCACCUGCUUCCCCCUGCAUCUCUCUCUGUGUUUCCCUGCCUCUCCUUCUGUUUCUCUCCGGCUGCACAUGGUACAGUCUCGCAUGUCUGAGCACCAGACGGCUAGACGGCAGCAAUCUGCUCGAGAAGCCUCGUGCACUACUUCGAGCGAUCCAUUGAACAAAGCCAGCGAAGGCGGCACUAAAAUCUUCCUCUACUUUUCUCUGCAGCAUUCUCUCUCUCUCUCCCUCUCUCUCUCCCUUUUCUUUUCCCUUGCAGAUUUCGCUCUUUUUACAUUUCGUCUGGCCACAUCUCCUCUCCCUCUGCUAAGAUGACCUGCAGAGACACACACACGCUGAGGACUGCGGCAGCGUAAGCCGCCUUGGCCAACGGGCUGGUUGCCUGCAACACAGCAAUUAGACCAUAAACUGACUCUCCACACAACAUGGAGAUGGAUACCAUCUGUUGCUGUGGGAACAACACUCUUCUCUACCAGGAAGGACGUCAUCUUCCAUAUUUUUGUGAUGCCCUCUUCAAAGAGCUCCGCUCACUGGACUUUGUUGGAGUUAUUUGGCCAGCGGAGGCUCCUGGGUUUUGGCGCCAUACUGGCAUGGCUCAUCCUGUUCCAUCUGCUGGUGAAUGUGUGGCUGCUCUGCGUCUUCACCAGCCUCCUGGUGGUUCUUGGUGGUUGGCUCGGGUCCCGAGCUGCCCUGGACGCUAACAGCUUCCUACAUCUGGAGCAUUUUUUACCCCUGGGGAAAGUUAACCCUCCUCUGUGUUCCCCUGAGCAUGAGUGGAGGCUGAACCAUGAGAUCCACUGUGCGGUCCACAAGGCAGUACGUGACUUCGUGUCUUCGUGGUACCGCACCCUGCUUCCUGAGGUGGAAGGAGAGUUUGAACGAGCCGUGCGUCACUCGAUGCUGGAGUCUGUGAUGGAACUGAAGGAGCGUGCGCGGCGAGUGGACAGGAAAGCUCUGGUUCAGCGGCUGUUGGAGCUGUAUGGCUGCCACCUGCAGAGCUACAUGACUGUCAGGCAGAUCCAGUCGGCGCAGAAGGAGAGCAGCGGCCUGUGGCAGCUCUACAGUAAAGUCGAGUCUCCUCAUCCAGCCGUGAGCAGUUCCACCGCUGAGCUCAACUACGCCAGAGCUUUGGUUAAACUUGUGUUGCAUGUUCUGGUCCCAUACCCUCAGAUGGAAACGAGGACCGGGGGUUACAUGGUGACAGAGCUCAUCACCUGCAAUGUGCUGUUGCCGUUGAUAGGCAGGGUUUCCGAUCCCGACUGGCUCAAUCAGACCAUCGUGGACAUAUUCACCAAAUCCAGAGAAUCGCAGGAUAUUAGCGUGGAUGACCCCUCUGUUGAUGCACUGUAUAAAUGUCAUGAACAUGAGGAGUCAUGGACUACUUGCAAGUCACUGUCUGUGUCCGAUCAGACCGAUUUCAGCUCCAAGAACACCUCUGUUGAUUUAGAUGAGCCUCAGAGCCAGAGUGCGAUCUCUGGGACGGACUCGUCUCAAAGCAGCCUGGUCAGCCUGACGUCUCCCAGCCGAACAUCCAGCUACCACGCAGGCUUCAACACACCGUCCAAGAUGAACUGCUGCUCGCUCACAUCGGGCCAGUAUAAACAGUCAUCGGAGAGCAAAACCGUUUCUGCAGACCCACUUAUCCAUUCGGACUCAGACGAUAACCUGACAGGAAGUGUUUGCGAUGAAGAAGCCUGCGGUUGUUUUCGACCUCUGAGAAAUUUUGGAUCGAAGGUGGUUGAGCCCAAAGACUCCCUGUGGCCAGCUGGCAUUGCGCAGGACAAAUCCCCAGUUUGCCCCCCAAAAAAGCUUUGCCUGACCACGUACAGCUUCGACCUGUCCAGCGGCCCGACUUUGACGCCAUUCAGAGUCCAGAACAUUCACAUUUCUGGCACAGUCAAUGUGAAGGAGCAGCGGAGCACCGGCACACAUCCAUACACACUCUACACUCUCCAGUUUGAGACGGUGGCUGAUGGUGACUGCACAGCCGCUGCACCACUGGCAGUGGGUCACUCUGUUAACCGCAGAUACAGCGAGUUCCUCAACCUGCAAGCACGCUUGGAGGAGAAGCCGGAGCUCAGGAAACUAAUCCGAAAUGUCAAAGGCCCAAAGAAAAUAUUUCCUGACCUUCCUUUUGGCAGCCAGGACAGCGAGAAGGUUGAAGCUCGUAAAAGCCAGCUGGAUACCUUCCUGAAGCAAUUAAACAGCAUUCCUGAGACGGCCAACAGUGAAGACGUGCAGGAGUUCCUGGCCAUGAACUCGGACGUUUGCACGUAUUUUGGGAGAAAGCCAUUAACAAAGUCAAGAAUUGAUAAGAUGAUGGAAAACGCUUUAGAUACUCUGAGGACAGCAUUCCCUCAUCCUGAGCUUUUCAGUCCAACCGAAGACAUUGAGGGUGAUACUGACGGAAGAACAAUGGACUACAGAAAGUACAGGAGGCUUUUCCCAAGUAAAGUUUCUCCAUCGCUCAAUAUUCCAGAUCUCCAUCCUAAAGUGACAUACUGCUUCAGUGAAGGCAGCUCUGUGCUCAAUGGCAUGUCACUAUGUGGCUUGGAGAACUUCGUCAGAGAGCAGGAAAGACUUAUUGGUGGGCCAAACAUGACAGAAACAGUCAAGCCGAGCUACGAGCUGAAAGCUAAAGACAAGAAGAUAUCAGGGAAAACUCAUGGGACAGACACAGCUGUGGCAGAUGUUGCUUUGAACAUUUUGUGCCUGCUGAUGAAGGAUCACUGGAGCUGGCUCUGCACAGAGAACAUCCAGAAGGCCAUCAGACUUCUCUUUGGUACCUUCAUUGAAAGAUGGCUGGACAUAGGCGCUGCCCACCUAACCAGCGCCCCCUGCUGGGUGAUUUACCUCCAGGUCCUGCAAGAAGCUGUGUGGCCCGGUGGGACGCUGCCUGCUCAACCCCGGCCUGAACGAAGUGCUGCUGAAAAAAAGGAAACCAAGGAUCAAUGUCUGAACUGCCUAAUGCAGCUGCUUCCUGAGCUAAUAGCUGAUAUGUUGGGAAGCGAGAAGUACAGACUGAGCUUGGAGACCAUGCUGGAGUCUUUACAGGACUAUCAGAUAAACAAGCAUUUGAUCUACAGCAUCUGUGACCUGCUGCUGGAGUUUCUGAUCCCUGAGUCCAGCGAUGUGACCUUUCAGAGAUCUCUGCUGCAGAGCCUGACUAAAGACACGGAGAGAAACAGUCUUCAUAUGUGAUAAACAUCUGGGACACACUGAGAAAUGUAGCCAUUUGAUGCUCAGCGCACAUUAUAGUUGUCUGAUGAAUAUAACAAGGUCAUAAAGUCUAUCGUGUACAAUCGCCAUGGAGUCAUGGUGCAGCAGGUGUUACUGCAGAGGAUAAUAAAAUGUAAGUAUGCAGUGAUAUAAAGACAGAUGAAAUGCUUUCAGACAGUAGCUGAGAAGAGAGAAAUAAUCUCAUUUGUAUAUUUAGCUCGCUUAAUCUGCAAGUUGGACCAGCCACAUUAUGAAUACUUGAAAAGUUUGAUAAAUACAAAAUUAUGCUCUUUUUCUUGCUUCUUGUUCUUUCUUUCAUGUGUUUUUAUCUAUGGUGUUUCCCAUAAAGUUGGAAUAUUUUUUCUGUUUGUAUUGUGGUUUCAUUUUUAAAGCUACAAGUUUAAGUGCAUGUCAAAUAUGUGCACUACAUCUGCAUGAAUACUUUGUUUACAAGACUCCAGGUGAAUUUACUGUGAAACAAAGUAUGGAAAAGCAGUUCAUUCCCACUUUGGUGCAGGAUGUGUGAUGCUGUGGGCCUGUUUCUGGAUCAUCAUUGUGUUUUUUAUGGGUCAUACAGGCAGUUACCCAGGGUGGCAUUACAAUGGGGGUUGCAUGAGGGACAAAAAAACAAAAGCAACUUAUCUGUGAGUUGCAACUUCAACAGAUUUGUUUUUUCUUUCACAGUUAAGGAUGAGUUGGCAUUCCAUUGUAUUGAUUAGUGAAGAUAUAAAUGGUCAACAGGACAAAAGCAAUGUUUCUCCAGGCCUUCUCAUUCCCAAGACCCAAAAACUAUAUGUGACUGUGUGAACUAAAAAGUAGAAAGAAUAAGAGAGUCCGUGCAAAGAGGAUUGUUAAAAGAUUUUUUUCUGUAUGUUCCAGCCUUGUGAAGAGAACACUGAGUGCUGCUGGAUAAAUGACUUUAUACCAAGUAUUAACAUCCAGCAUUUAAGUGUUUGAGACACUAGCGGUGUUGGCAAAAGACCACAAACGUGGCAUUCAACUCUGGUGAAUACAUUAAUUGAAAUUAAGUAUUUGUUUUGUCUUUUGAUUCAAAAGAAAGUUGUUUUUUACUCUGGAUGAUCAUUUCUGGGUUUAUGCAUUUUUUCCCUCUUACAUCCAAAGCUGUCAUAAAGAUUUUCUGUUGUUUUUCCAGAUGAAUAAUUUAGUUUUUAUGUAUAUUUGUCAUGCUACUUCAAAGAUAAUCCUGCUUUAUAAUACAACCAUUAUCCACAUGGUUGCAUCACAUUGUUUAAAAUUUGAUCAAGGUUCUCAAAGAAACAUUUUAAGUUGAAGCUUUACCCUAAAGUCAAGUCAGCUUUUCCCCAGAAUGUCUUUGUAUGAAUACAUUAUUUAGAUCUUAAAUUGAACUCUUAGACGUGUUCACAAUUAAUGAUUCAUGUAAAAUCUCUGAUUAAAUUUUAAUCAGUAAAAUGUGUCCAGUCAAAAUGUCUAAGAUCUUUUGGUUCCCCCC